CAGGGAUUUUAGGAGAACAGUUGAAGAGGACUGUCCGGGCUUUCGCUGGACCUUACGGGGGUCUCCUUAUCCUCUGCUGAACGAUUUUCACACGUUUAGCUUUAAGUUACACAUGUGGGACUGUUUUUUUUUCCCUUACAGCGGGAAUAAGACGCCAUAUUGAGCUUUUUUUUAGAUUAGACAAGAGACAGAGCGGGCUGGUGCCGUUCGACGAGCGGAACGGACCUUUUAUGUUUGUUUUGUCAUAAUGAUUAGUACUGCCUUUUCACGGGGGGAACUGUGUGGAUUUCAUUGAUCAGGAGUGAAGGGGGCAGACAGGGUCAGAGGCUGUGGAGAUAAAGUUGAUGCCUUUAUAUCAGAUUUUGUGGCGGAAUGUGUUUUAUUGUGUGAUUCAUUGCCCGUGUUCCUGGUGCGUCUGUGAGGGAGGGGGCUCAUGGAGAAAUGGCAGAAAUAGUGAUGCAGUUUUUUAAGGACAGUGAUGCAUUCAAAUACACGAAUGUGCUUUGUGUGUGUGUUUUUUGAUGAACUGGUUGUGUGGGCUAGAGGGGGCAGAAAGGCGCACCGACGGUGGGACGGACCCGGGUGUGUUUGUGACCAAAACUUUAUUUGAGCUCCUCUAAGUUUUUUUCAUUUCCCUUUUUUAUUACAGUUUUCAUGGGAUUUGAAAUGUAAUCCCUCCUGCCUGUAAUCACUUUAAAAGAACACGAUACCACUCUGAGGAAGUAGAGGGGAAAAGCCCCACUUUGAGCCCUGUGGCUCCUCUCUCAGCGCCGCGGGCGUCAUCUGUACUUUCACAAAUGCCAUCACUUAAGUAAAUAAGCCCACAUUUUCUAAAACAGCCUUACUUGUGAAAAUGUUUGCUUUUUGCUUAGUUUUGACCAAAAAAUGUUUCUAAGGUGGAUCUGUGUCUGUUAUCAUGGUUUUAAAUUAAGUGGAGUUUAAUUUGGAAAUCUGAGGCCAAAUUCAGGUAGUAGUGGACGUAUAAUCUCUGUUGGCUAAAAUUACGCACCUGCAGGAUGGACGUAUGAGCUCAAAUAGUUAUAAAAAUUGUUUUGCAAAAACACAACCAGUUAGACGAAACAAGCUCAUCGCGGAUUUCUGAGUGUUCCCGGUGACCCCAGAGCAGCAGCACGUUGGGUUAUUGGAGUAUGGGAGAGGAGGUUCACGGAGAAGAGCACUUAUUGUUUUGGCCUGUGGCAACGCGCUCGUUUUUGUCUCUGAGCUCCGGUGCGUUUUUACCCACGUUUGGAGUGCACGCGCUAAGGACGAUUGCACAAACUCCAAAUGUGCGCACGUUUGGAGCCCAUGCAAUCGUUCUCAGCGUAGUCACACGACGGGAGAACACCUAAUCCUUGAGUGUCUGAGUGUGUUUGGGGGUAUUUGUGUGCGUUGCGGAGGAAAGUUGCGCCCUCUCUUCCCGCUCACAGAUUGGAGCUUGGCGUGUCUGGGCGCAUCACGUCUAACACAUAAGGCGACCUUUAAUUAGAAUAUUGCAGUAGCAGUUUAUUUUAUCUCCCUGGAGGCUGACACCUAGCAUCGCCCACCCCCGCCCUCACCUCCUCUCCCUUCCCAUCUCCCUCUCUCUCACCCAUGUUCUCUAAUAAGCAUCCUCCUAUCCUCGCCUGCGGUCCUGCAUGAAAAGAUGCAAACAUACUUAAUUAGAGCGGUGACAAUAAUUUCCAGGCUAAAUAUGCGACCAGACAGACAUGGAAGUGAUCUGAUGCCAUUCAGAGAGGAUACCAUCUACUUCCCUGUCUAGAAUCACAGUUCAGACUUUUUUUUCCCCUCCUCAUCCUUGACUUGCAUUCCCAUGGCUUUCCUCUACACCUGCUUUCAGGAGGGAAGAAGCAUGUCACGACUGUCUCUGACCCGGUCCCCGGUCUCUCCUCUGGCCGCCCAGGGGAUCCCUCUGCCGGCUCAGCUGACCAAAGCGAACGCCCCCGUGCACAUCGACGUCGGGGGACACAUGUACACCAGCAGCCUGGCGACCCUCACCAAGUACCCGGACUCCAGAAUCAGUCGUCUGUUCAACGGCACCGAGCCCAUCGUGUUGGACAGCUUGAAGCAGCAUUACUUCAUAGAUCGGGACGGGGAGAUAUUCCGCUAUAUUCUCAGUUUCCUGAGGACCAGCAAGUUGCUGCUUCCAGAUGACUUUAAGGACUUCCACCUGCUGUACGAGGAGGCGCGCUACUACCAGCUGAUGCCUAUGAUCAAGGAGCUGGAGCGCUGGAAGCAGGAGCGGGAGCAGCGACGGAUGGCACAGCCCUGCGACUGCCUGGUGGUGCGAGUCACGCCCGACCUCGGCGAGAGGAUCGCCCUGAGCGGCGAGAAGGUCCUGAUAGAGGAGAUCUUCCCUGAGACAGGAGAUGUUAUGUGUAACUCCGUCAAUGCUGGAUGGAACCAGGACCCAACGCACGUCAUCCGCUUCCCGCUCAAUGGCUACUGCAGGCUCAACUCUGUUCAGGUUCUAGAGCGCCUUUUCCAGAAGGGAUUCAGCGUGGCGGCGUCAUGCGGCGGCGGCGUGGACUCGUCUCAGUUCAGCGAGUAUGUGUUGUGUCGUGAGGACCGGCGCAGUCUCUCCAUCAACACGCCCAUCAGGAUAAAACAGGAACCUCUGGACUAAAGCAUUUCAGGAGAAGGACUGCUGACAUCCCCACCUCUGAGCUCCACUCCCUCCAUGACCCCAAAUACCACCUGGACCCCCCCCCACAUACACAUUUACCUAAAUGUUAGCAGACUAACUUAGCAGAACUCUAAGGGGAAUGUAGUACCAAAUGAUUAAAAAAGCAUCAGGAGCAGAAAUUUUAUGGCCAAUCUGCUCAAAGAAUCUGGGAUUAAGAAUAAUAAAAAAAAAAACACCAGGAGAAAUGGACGCCACAGCAGCUCACCCAUUCUAUUGAUGUGAUAUAUAAAUCCUGAUUUUUUUUUUUUCUGGGGAUGCAAUGGCUCCCUUUCUGAACUUCCAUCCCAGCCCUUCACCUUCACCAUCCAUAUUUCUGUGUGUGAGGCUCGAUCACAUCUGUCGGGUGACCAGAUUGACCUCCUUCCAUCCGAUUGAGAACAGUUUUUCUCAAGGACGACUAAAAAAGAACAACUUUUUGGAAUCCCUUAGCUCCGCUCUGUUGCCAAACUGAUUGUUCAUCACACUUUUUCAUUGUUGUUUUCUAAAGUAUGUUCUUUUUUUAUCAUGAAACAGUGUAAACAAAAAUUAUUAACAAGAUUAUUUUGAAUGCCUCUUUUGUUUUUGUUUUUCCUUUCUCCCAAAUGAAGGAUGUGUGACUUUGUGUUCAUUAGGCUUUGAAAGCUUGAGGCAGAGCGCUUCUUGGCAUAAGCUGCAGAAACUCAGAUGUCUGCAGGCGAUGUGGCCAAAGCCGUCUGACUGGCAGCGAGUUUGGAGCCAGAAAAAAACAAAAAAGAAACUCCUUAUUGUUCCCACGGGAAUGGAAGAAAACCUGGAUACUUCCACAUUGUUUAGAAUCAAAUGUGUCGCACACUUGGUUUGAAAAAAAAAGAAAAAAAGCUCUCGAAUUUCUGCCGACAACAUAUCUGAUAUCUGAUUGAAUUACACAAGCUGAACAGGUUGUUCCUUUGCGGAGUUCAGGACAGAGUUACAAUAGCUGUCAGUGUUUUUUUUUUUUUUUACAAUUUUGUCAAAUGUUAAAGAUGUGAAGACCUUCGGGGAGGGUGAACGUUUACUAGUAUGUCUAAGAUCAGGUGAAAGAUGUACUUUAAAUGCUUAAUGAAUCUUUGCACUUAGCCGUUUCCUCUGAGCUGCACUGGCCUGCCCUCAAAACACAGACAAUGCUCAAUAAAUGCUGAUUUUCAUCUCUUCCAGACUCCGAAAACACAACAAUCGAGAAAAAGAAAAACCCAACAAGACACAAUGCGAGUUUUGUUUUUUGUUCAAAUAAAAAUAUGUUGUGUGGUUUGCAGAAAAAUGCAUAAUUCAAAAGUGAAUGAAGGAUUGCAACAUUUGAUCCUCCGAGCCUCCAGUUGGACAGAUUUGCCGAGAGCAUCGCUGAGCCUUUCGGGUUCCAGUUUGAGACGCACAAAAGGCUGGGCUUCAAUAUUGACACUUCCUAACCAAGAUGGUUUUGAGUGCUUUUUCACACACAUGUGCUGUGGCAGCGCCAAAAACUAAACUGUUUUCUCCACUCAUCAGCAUCUUCUCCACAAAGAGGCGAGUGAGCGGCGGUUACCCAGUCCGGCUCGUUUUCUAUUGGGUCUUAUUCUCAACAGUCACGGAACAAAGAAAGAAACAAGAAAGGGGCCUGUUUUCACGCUUUGUGUUUGUAUGUAACUUACACAUGCUGUUUCUUCCACUCCAAAGGCUUGAAA